GAGCAGUACCGCGACACCAAGGAGACGCUGCUGACGCUGCCGAAGGGUAAGCAGUUCGACUUCAGCGAGACGCUGAUCUUCGGGCGCUUCGACUUGUUCUCCAGGCGAGUGGUCAAGCUCAUUGACAUGUUUCAGACCAUCCACCAGUUCACCUCUCUCUCCAAGAGCCGGUUCGACGGCAUGGAGCCGUUGGUGAGGUCCUUCCAUUCCAUCCUGGAGGAGUUCCAGAUCAAGCGGCACGACCUGCUGGACUUCAAUAACAACCGGUUCGACAGGGACUACGUCGACUUCAACGUUCGAAUCUCAGAGCUCGAGUCCAAUCUGAGGACGUUCAUCAACAGCUCGUUCGAGUCGAUCUCCUCGAUCGAGUCGUCCCUGAAUCUGUUGAAGAAGUUCCAGACGAUCCUUCAGCGCCAGAGCCUGGUGGCCGACCUGGAGUCGAAGUUCGCGGUGAUCUUCCACAACUACGGCCUGGAGCUAACGCAGGUCCAGGACCAGUACGAGAAGUUCAAGGCGGCGCCGCCCCUGGUCCGCAACAUGCCGCCCGUGGCCGGCCACAUCACGUGGGCCCGGCACCUCUACAAGCGGAUCGAGGGCCCGAUGCGGAAGUUCCAGUGCAACCCGACGGUGCUUGCUGGGAAGGACUCCAAAAAGCUGAUCCGCAUGUACAAUAAGAUGGCCAAAACGCUCAUCGAAUUCGAGACCCUGUGGUAUCAGGCGUGGGUCAAUUCCAUUGAGGCCGUGAAGUCAGGUCUGCAAGCGACACUCAUCGUGAAAAGUCCGGACGACAACAUGAAGUACCACGUCAAUUUCGACUGGGAGAUUCUGCAGCUCAUCCGCGAAACGAGGUGCCUUGAUCGCAUGGGCGGGGUAGAGAUUCCAGAAAGCGCGAGAAUGAUGCUUCUCCAGGAGCACAAGUUCAAAACGUGCAGCCAUGAGCUGUCGCACUUCAUCAGGGAGGUCGGCCGUGUCAUGCAGUCGAUCAGGCCCAUCACUGCUAAUCUGCUGCGGCCCCAUAUCGAAACUCUGGACUACAGAAUGCGACCAGGCAUGUUGAACCUGUCGUGGACAUCUCUCAACAUAGACGUAUACCUGCAAGAUGUGUGGCGAGAGCUUGACCGGCUGGAGCAGUUGGUUGUAAUGGUCAACGAUUUGAUAGAGAACAGAAUAGAAGCAAACUUGAAGAUGGUCGCGAACGUGCUUCUUGUAGACCUUCCUCGGGAUGAGGAGAGAGUCUCACUAGAUAUGUUCGUUGAGAUGCAAGAAAAGCACGUCCGAGAGACCACCGACAUGCUCGUGGCAAAGAGCGUCGAGAUCGAGUCUGCAGUCAACGACAUGCUCGGUGCCAUCGUGUCCUUCGAGAUCGAUGGCCACGUGGUAGGUGUGACCGAGGGCGAGAUCAUCAAGGUCAAAGCUCACUACAACUGGGCCAUGUACCAGGCGCUCCUGAACGCCCCGAAGUGCUCGCUGAAGGCGAUGAAGCUGCGGCUGUCCUCCCCACACCAUGGGCCCCAAGGGCCCGCCCCCGGCCUUCUUCGACGUCGACCUCCAGCUCGACGGCAUCGGUGUGCGCCUCGUGCCCUCGGUUGAGGACAUCCAGAUCGCGAUCAACGGCGGCGCCCUCGCGGUGCUGAAGUGCUCGAAGGUCAUCGAGGCGUGGGACACCGUGACGAUCCCGAAGAACGUGCAGCUGGUCAUGAACCCGAACCUGCCGCCCGUGCAGGGGUC